CUCCGGGGCGGGAGCCGCCAGUCCGUGGCGACCGGUGACGCGCGCGCCCGCCCGCCUCUCCCGCCUCUCUCCAGGGGGCGCUGACUGGUGACGUAGGAGGCAUCAUGGCCGCCGCGAGGCCGGGAAGGUGAAGAACCCCGCUGAUCUCCCUUUCCACCCUCCCCAAGGCUGGGGUAAGACCGAUUAAUGCCAAGCAAGGGGACUUCGGAGGAAGAGAAGCGAUAUCUCAGUUCCCAGCGCCGUCAUUUCGAUCAGCUGCUUGAUCAGCCGUCUAAAUUUCCAGCCCUUGGCGCGCCCCGUAGAAGGGAGAGUUAAGCAGCCUUACAGGGGCCCGCACACGUGGGCUUGCAGUUGGGAUCGGUGGAGGCCGAACACACCACAGCCAGCCCCACCCGGACGCCGCACGGAGGAGAAUGCAGAUUCCGAGCUGCUUUUGGCCGCCAGUCAUGCCCACCCUGUGAGGUCUUUCACCACCUGGAAACUUCUCCUCUGUUCCUGCUGUGCCGGCAGACGGUCCGUGGAUCCGUUUUCUUUUCCCCGCUAGGAGUUGGCUGUGCAUACGACUGGCGCGAUGUCCCUGCUCUUCUCUCCAUGCAACUCCAUCAUCACGGGCAAGAAGGACAAGAGACACAUGGCCGAGGUGAAUGCGUCUCCGCUCAAGCAUUUUGUCACCGCCAAGAAGAAGAUCAAUGGGAUUUUCGAGCAGCUGGGGGCCUACAUCCAGGAGAGCGCCACCUUCCUGGAAGACACCUACCGGAAUGCGGAGCUGGACCCGGUCACCACGGAGGAGCAGGUCCUGGAUGUCAAAGGCUACCUGUCCAAAGUCCGGGGCAUCAGUGAGGUGCUGGCCCGGCGGCACAUGAAGGUGGCCUUCUUCGGCCGGACGAGCAACGGGAAGAGCACUGUGAUCAACGCCAUGCUCUGGGACAAGGUGCUGCCCUCGGGCAUCGGGCACACCACCAACUGCUUCCUGCGGGUGGAGGGCACGGACGGCCACGAGGCCUUCCUGCUGACGGAGGGCUCGGAGGAGAAGAAGAGCGUCAAGACUGUGAACCAGCUGGCCCACGCCCUGCACCAGGACGAGCAGCUGCACGCCGGGAGCCUGGUCAGCGUCAUGUGGCCCAACUCCAAGUGCUCGCUGCUCAGGGAUGACCUGGUGCUGAUGGACAGCCCUGGCAUCGAUGUCACCACAGAGCUGGACAGCUGGAUUGACAAGUUCUGCCUGGAUGCGGAUGUGUUCGUGCUGGUGGCCAACUCGGAGUCCACCCUGAUGCAGACGGAGAAGCAGUUCUUCCACAAGGUCAGCGAGCGCCUGUCCCGGCCCAACAUCUUCAUCCUCAACAACCGCUGGGACGCGUCCGCCUCGGAGCCCGAGUACAUGGAGGAGGUGCGGCGACAGCACAUGGAGCGCUGCACCGGCUUCCUGGUGGACGAGCUGGGCGUGGUGGACCGAGGCCAGGCCGGAGACCGCAUCUUCUUCGUGUCUGCCAAGGAGGUGCUCAAUGCGCGGAUCCAGAAGGCCCAGGGCAUGCCUGAAGGAGGGGGCGCUCUGGCCGAGGGCUUCCAAGUGAGGAUGUUCGAGUUUCAGAAUUUCGAGCGGAGGUUUGAGGAGUGCAUCUCCCAGUCUGCCGUGAAGACCAAGUUCGAGCAGCACACGGUCCGCGCCAAGCAGAUCGCGGAGGCCGUGCGCCUCAUCAUGGACUCCCUGCACGUGGCCGCCCAGGAGCAGCGGGUGUACUGCCUGGAGCUGCGCGAGGAGCGGCAGGAGCGGCUGCGCUUCAUCGACAAGCAGCUGGAGCUCCUGGCGCAGGACUACAAAGUGCGCAUCAAGCAGAUGACCGAGGAGGUGGAGCGGCAGGUGUCCACGGCGAUGGCGGAGGAGAUCAGGCGCCUCUCGGUGCUGGUGGACGAGUACCAGAUGGACUUCCACCCCUCCCCGGUGGUCCUCAAGGUCUAUAAGAACGAGCUGCACCGCCACAUCGAGGAAGGGCUGGGCCGAAACAUGUCUGACCGCUGCUCCACGGCCAUCGCCAGCUCGCUGCAGGCCAUGCAGCAGGACAUGAUCGACGGCCUGAAGCCGCUGCUGCCGACGUCCGUGCGCAGUCAGCUGGACAUGCUGGUCCCCCGGCAGUGCUUCUCCCUCAGCUACGACCUCAACUGUGACAAGCUGUGUGCGGAUUUCCAGGAGGACAUCGAGUUCCACUUCUCUCUCGGGUGGACCAUGCUGGUGAAUCGGUUCCUGGGUCCCAAGAACAGCCGCCGAGCCUUGAUGGGCUACAAUGACCAGGUGCUGAGGCCCCUCCCGCUGACGCCUGCCAACCCCAGCAUGCCCCCGCUGCCGCAGGGCUCGCUCACCCAGGAGGAGCUCAUGGUGUCCAUGGUCACGGGCCUGGCCUCCCUGACGUCUCGGACCUCCAUGGGCAUUCUCGUGGUCGGCGGAGUGGUGUGGAAGGCCGUGGGCUGGCGCCUCAUCGCCCUCUCCUUCGGCCUCUACGGCCUCCUGUACGUGUACGAGCGCCUCACAUGGACCACCAAGGCCAAGGAGCGGGCUUUCAAGCGCCAGUUUGUGGAGUACGCCAGCGAGAAGCUGCAGCUCAUCAUCAGCUACACGGGCUCCAACUGCAGCCACCAAGUGCAGCAGGAACUCUCCGGAACCUUUGCUCAUCUCUGCCAGCAAGUUGACAUCACCCGGGAGAAUCUGGAGGAGGAGAUCGCCGCCAUGAACAAGAAAAUUGAGGUUCUUAAUUCACUUCAGAGCAAAGCCAAACUGCUCAGGAACAAAGCCGGCUGGCUGGACAGCGAGCUCAACAUGUUCACACACCAGUACCUGCAGCCCAGCAGAUAGUGGCCGCGGGCAGCGCCAGAGGCAGCCCCCGCCCUCGCCUCCUCUUUGAGCCCUUAGAUGCUAGUUCUCCCCUCGCCUGCUGUUGCGGGAAACCCUCUGGCUCAUUCCCUCAAAGGCAACUCUGAAACAGUGAUCGUGGACAGUGUGGACUCCGGGACUUGGCGUUGUCAAGGUCCCUGAUGGAGGAGCAUCUGAUGCUCGAUAAGGUCCUGGGACUUUGCCGCAUUGCAGGAGCCCCUUGACAAACACCCCAUUCUCCUCCACACUACACACUCACACAGUUACACACACACACACACACACACACACACACACACACAGGAGCCCCUUGACAAACACCCCAUUCUCCUCCACACUACACACUCACACAGUUACACACACACACACACACACACACACACACACACACACACACACACACACCGGCCCUGGUCACCUGAGCCAGCUGCUUCCCCACUGGCAGCAGAACUAGGCCCAGUACCUAGGCUCAUGUGUCAUACACACACACACACACACACACACACACACACAGGCCCUGGUCACUUGAGCCAGCUGCUUCCCCACUGGCAACAGAACACACACACACACACAACGGCCCUGGUCAUCUGAGCCAGUUGCUUCCCCCCGGCAGCAGAACUAGGCCCAGUACCUGUGGCUCAUGUGUCACUUGUCCUUCAGCUUUGCUGCUUUGUCCCCAGAACAGCCCGUCAGACGCGUUGAUGGCAGGGCCCAACCUGCCGUGGUCCGAAGGGUGCAGGAGCUGGAGUCGGAGAAGCUGAGGGCUGUGGUUUGUGGAGGGUCCCCAGGCAGGUGCUGUCUGCGAGAGAAGGGCCGUCCCCCCUUCCUUGUGGCCCUUGUUCUGCUCUCAGCCCCUUGCCUGUGUCGUCUGGGUUGGGUUUUGGUGAAAGGUGCUUUGGUCCAGAUGGUGAAAGGACGUGGUAGAAGGGAGGGUGGUGGAAGGUCAGCCACGGCCUGUGCAGCGCGAGGCCGUGGGCCGCGGGCCCCACCCCACUCGCUUGUUGGCAUCCCUGUUCGUCCCCGUGCUUUGCCCUGGUCCUGGCCACUGCGCCCUGCACUUAGUGAUGCUAAGGCCAGUGACACUGCAGCCCUCCCGCCUCCCUGCCCCCGGGAGCCACUGCUGACACACGCCACCUGUUUUGCCCAGACCAUUUCCUGUCGUCUGGUGCGGGUGGAUUGCGAUGGGCCCAAGUGGGUCCAGAUCCCUGUCUCUGAGGUGUCAGAACUCAGGGCCGAGUGGCCUCGCCUUUGGGUGACAGAGCCCUCGCUGCCCCGACCAGAGAACUUCCAGAACAAGCAGCAGAGACAUGGGCCUUGACCCCAGCUCUGGCAGCGUCCACACAGCAAGCACCCCAGGAUCCACGGUCCCCCGUGCUGAAGAAGCGGGCAGCGUCCCAAAGGGGCCGCACUCGGCGUGUGGGAAGAAACAGGUGUCUCACAACUCCAAGAACUUCACUUUUUUGGAAAAAAAUUUUUUGAAAGACCAUACAUGAAUUUUUUAAGGUAGCCCCUGGCAUGAAAUAUGAUUUUGAGCUUCUUAUGUUUAGUGAAAUGGAUACCUCUGAGAGACUGUAAGAAGCGCAGCGAAAAGCACUUUAAUUUCAUGCUGCUAACGGCCUUGUGUUCAUUGACGCUGGUUUGCAGGAGCGGGAAGACGUGCUAGACCGGGCAGGAUUUUUCUCCGAUGUAUUUAAGGUGAUAUCUUCGCCUGAAUUACCCCCUGUAUCAUUGCUGAUAAUAUCGGAAACUCAAAUAAACCCUGGUUGGAAACCUGG